UUGAAGAUAACAAAGCAGGGAGGUUCAUUGUGUUUGUUGUGUUGUCGCUAUUUUGGAAGGGUUUGGGGGCCAAAUUUCAGUGCUAUGCUGGCAGAGUUGACAACCCAUGGCCGGAUUUAAGCUAGGAAUUAUCAGACUUGGCAGGGCCGCUGGAAAGACGAAAUAUGCUCUUCUGGAUGAAAGGGACAUAAGCCUUGUUGAUAGCCAUGCAUUUGAGGCUCGUACCGAGAUUGACCAGGAUGGGACGGGAGCCCGAGUGUUUGCAUACACGUACAGUGUAAAAUCCGGCCUUAACCAUGGACAGUACCUGCAUUAUCUCAUCUGGGAAAGACACAAUGGUGGUGUGGCUGUGGGUUGGAAAGUAAUACAUCGGAACAACAUCACCGUCGACAACCGACUGGAUAACCUUGUGCUCGUGCCGGAAUCCUGCACAUCUGUACCACAUUCAGAUGAGGACCAGUGCAGCAAGCUAGGCAAGGAUGGAAGUCUGUACUGGUUGGCUGUCCAGCAGCUUCAUGUGGAUCCAGUCUAUCAACACUUUCAUGAACCAGUCUGCAGUAGACUGCUUGAUAGAGAUGGGGAUACUGUCAAUGAGGAAGUCACAGUGCUAGAGACGAGCAGUGUUCUAUUCUAUGAGUGCCACUACCCACCGUGUACGAACAUGGAGAAACACCUGCGAGAGUUCAGCAUGUGUGGCAGGUGUCAGUCUGUCAGAUAUUGUGGUUUGAGCUGCCAGCAGAGAGACUGGUCUGUACACAAACAGUAUUGUCGUGAAAAUCGCCGUCCUGACCUCACAGAAAUUCCAGACAGAUAGGGGCAAAUCACAAAUUUCAUCUAUCAUAUGUCAUGAAUAUAACCUUCCUUUGGUCAACAAGGAGCACAUCACUCUAGAUUCAUCACCAUUGGUCAUCAAUGUUAUCUCCCUUGGUUUUAGCAUACUUGUUUACGUUCCAUUGACUUACAUGUGAGAGUACUUCAGGGGUGCUUAACUCUAGCUUUAUAGUUUGUCAUUGUAAUUACCUCCCCUUGUUUUACAGUUGCCAUUUAAAGGCAUCUUACAUACCUAUCCAUAUCAUUUAUAAAGCCCCCCCCCCCUCCCAUCCCCUUUUUAAUUUCAUGAACUAUUCACCCUCAUUUAUUAUUUCUAAUAAUGCUUGUACUACUUGUAAUUAACUUCUUUUAUCGUUUACUUGCAUUUACUGUCGACUUAUUUAACGCUGUUUUAUUGAGCAAUCUAUUCAAAAUGUUUUUGGGUUUAUCAAGACUAAGGUAUCUUGUUUGUCUCAAACCAUAUUUCUAAAUGAAUUUUUACAGAAAUCUCAGAUAUAGAUUGAGUCAUGUUCACUAUUUUGUAGCAGUUUUUUGUUAUACAGAUAGUUUAAAAAAUUAUGAGAGAAUUUAGCAAUAUUUUAUUUUUAUCAGUUGAGAGUAAAUUGUUUGAUUUUGAUUUUUAUAAAUUGGCAAGAAUCAAUUGUUUGCCCGUGAUAUUUGAGGGAACCAUCGACAUGUGAAGGUGCUUUCAUAAGUUUGGUUUUAAAAUGUUAUACGGGGUGAAAGCGGACACAUGUCCUCUCUGCGCCCUUAGGAACAUUUUGAAAGACUGACAUGAAAGAAUAUUUAGAACUAAUGUGUACGCUCAGGCGCACUGGAGUAUGGGUACUGGGUACUUCCCUGAUGAUAAGGACAAUUUCUGUCUUGUUUGUUUUGGAGUUAUUAUUGUUUCCAUUUUGAAGUUUCAUAUUUUUUUAUGUUUUUAUACACAUACAUAUAAGAUUGUUCAUUUUUCAAACUGAGAACAUUCCGUUUACAGGUUUAGUUCAUUCCAAUGAAAUUGCUCCUUGCUGGAAAUGAAUUCCUCACUACUUAAUAAAUAUGUGCUUAGUUAUCAAAUUUGUGCUUUUGUAAAGGUAGAAUGAAAUUAACAAAAUACCACCUUGUGUAGGGAAAAGCCCAAUUCAAGAAAACAAAAGCUUUAUGAAGGAAAACGUGUUGAUGAUUAUUUUAAUGUCGUACAGUCACAGUCAAAGUGUAUCUCUUGCUUUCUCAAAAAAGAAUUUAAGGGAAUCAGAAUUUGAUACUGAUUAUAUUAAUUUUCAUUAAAUUCGGCAAACAAAUGUAUAAUGAAUUAAGAGUUGAUGGGAUUACAUCAUGGUUCUGCUGCAUGAUAAUUCACAAAAAUAGCAGCCAUUUAGAUCAAACAAUCUGUAAUUAUCGAAUAGGAUUUCUAAAAGUUUUUUGAGCUAUUUUAUCUGGUUCUUAAAACCACAUUUGUUAUACAUUUUAUGUUCAUUCCAUAAUAUUUUCAUUCCAAAGCUCAAUAGAUCUCUAUUGUAUGUACACUGUUACAAAGGUAUGAUAUCUUGCAUAAGGUUAUAGUGGUAAAUUUAUUUACAUGUUUAUGUAGGACAACGCGUUAUUUUAUAAACACCUGUUUAUACAUCAUAUUUCUUAAUUUUAUUUUAAGUGUUGCAUUUACUGAUGAAUCAAACUCGCAUCUACGCAAUAAGAUAUAAUUUGUGCCAUGGUCUUUGCUUUAUAGUUAUUGUUUUAAGUACAAAAUACCAGAAUGUUAAUUACAAAAGCAUGUUACAUUUUGAACUGUGCAAAGAAUUUUUUUGACAAAUUUUGUUUGUCUGCAUGUUUACACCUCUACGCAUACUUUGACAUAGAACUUUGUCUACAUGCAGAGCUCUUUUAUCCCUUAUAUAUACCGAAUUAUUCAAAUUAUUUUAGUAAUUUGAUUGAAUAUAUGUUAAGACAUGUAUAUUUUAUUGUUUUAUUACAUUGAGUUAUACUUAAUAUUAAGAUUUUUAAGCUACUGGUAUUAUAAUAAUGAAAUGAACUUUGCGGGAUACGUUGAUGAUAGGAAAUUUAUAUGUAUAACUUGCUGUGAAACUAACAUGCGUGCAUUUUGUUGUUUCUAACACUAGUCAUUUAUAAUUUAUGUACCCUUGUAUUGUGUUAAUUUAUUAAAUACUAACGAGUUACAUGUACAUGUAGGUAACCCUAGUCUUUUUGUGUGGAUAACAAUUUAUUAAUAUUAUUCAUUGUUAAUAUUUUGCCAGUUAACACAGAUAGUUUUAGCUUCGUUGUUAAAUUGCCUGCAUAUGAACUUAUGAAUGGAUUUUAAUUGAGUGUGUACAUUACUUCCAGUGGAUAUAUUUGGAUCUUUUUUUAAACAUAAUUUUUGGACCUAUCAUAUAAGGUUUUAGCUAAAGAGUUAUGGAAGGGUGCUACACCUUGUCCUGCUUCGGUAGCACCCUCCUGCCCUCAUGGAGACCAGCAUGGGCACCCUCCUGCCUUUAUAAGUACAUAAAAAUGCUUAAGACUGUAAAAAAAUGUUUAUUUUGAGCGAAAUUUAUUAUAUGAUUGUAAUUACAUAAACACUUUACAUGUUUGGCAGUUGAUACCUAAUAUUAGUUUAAUUAAACACAAUGCCUGACAUGUACUGUCAAAUUCAUAAUGUUGGAUAUAAAAUGUGCCCUUUUCUGCUGCACUUUGUCUUCGUAAAACCAGGCUAAAACCCUAUAUGUAUAUCAUUAUUAUCAUCAUAAGUGUGUGGAUUUAAACUAUCAGUGCUUUAAAUGCAAACAAAAUGCAUUCUGAUUCUUAUUCAACUUGACUGAUAAGCCGUUAAAAAUGACUCAGACUCAGUUUCAUUAUAAUCAUGCAUUUUGGGGGGAAUUGACAUUUGUAUUUGGAUGAAGAUCAAAUUCUUAUUCUGACUGACUUUUAUGUUAACCAUUAGUCAAAAGAAUAAGGAUUUUAGUGAAUUCUGGGUAGUAAG